AAUGUGCUCUGGUUAUGGUUGAUGGGGUCAGAGUAUCCAUUCCCAAGAAGAUAAUCAAAGCGGAAUACUUGCAAACAGUCGAACAAAAAGAUAAAUCAUCGACUGAAAACUCGGGGGCUAAUAGUGUAUGUCAUGAUAGCGGCAUACCCACAGUUAACCCCAAUUCUCCUGUUACAUCGAUUCUUGACCUACCACUGAAUGCAGAAACAAAUAACGACAUGAAUUCGCACUGUUCGGCAGCCGGUUCGUGCUUUUCGGAUGUGAAUAAUGCCACAGAUAAAAAUGACAGGUUUUUUGUCUUUCCCGAGGACUGCCCAGGAUUUGAAGUGUUGUAUCCAAAUUUGAACUCUAUUGGUGAAAUGACGGAGCAUGAGUUGUUGGAAGCAGAUAGAGGAAUAAAACCAGAAUUAUCUUCUGAAGGUACCGAAAGACAUCAAACUGUGAUAAUACCUCAGAUUCAACCAAUCACGGUUGGUCCCCCUCUCAAUCUAUCAACCCAUGAUAGAAAUCCUUUCGAGUGUGCUGCACUAAAUCAGAUACCCGUAGAAGAUGUACCACCCCAAAAUGAAAUUCCUCGGGAAGUCCUUCCCGAAGCAAAUGUUGCUGAGAACCCACGUGCUUCUGAAGCUCACUUCACACCUGAAUUGAUGAGAUCUCGAGAUGAAGUUCAUACUAUUCACAUUCUGCCGGAGACAUUGGUAAGCGGAGCAGUCAAUGUAGCUUCGACUGCAUUCCACACUGCUAGAUCUGUUAUAAACAGAAUUGUUCCUCAAGAG